GAUCCCCUGAAAAUAGUAAAACUAAUUUGGUACCUGAGACUCAAUUUCUUUAAAAAAAAACAUCGCAUUUAAUUUUUCUUUCAUUUUUUUUGAAUUUGAUUUUGCGUGUAAUUAUUUUAUAUAUUUAUAUGGUCGACGGCGAUGCCAACGGCGGUGAAUUUGGCGAAACAAUGCUUAACGGCGGAAUCAGCCUACGCGCUGGAAGAAGCCGUAAACGUGGCGCGUCGACGUGGACACUCACAAACGACGUCGCUUCACGCCGUCUCCGCUUUACUCUCUCUCCCAACCUCCGUCUUACGCGACGCAUGCGCUUGUGUCCGAAACUCCGCUUACUCUCCUCGUCUCCAGUUCAAAGCUCUAGAUCUCUGCCUCAGCGUUUCUUUAGACCGGAUCCAAUCGGGUCUACCCGGAUCCGAUGAUCCGCCCGUAUCCAACUCUCUCAUGGCUGCUAUCAAACGCUCUCAGGCUCACCAGCGUCGUCUCCCUGAGAAUUUCAGGCUUUACCAAGAGAUGUCUCAGAAUAAUCAGAACCAGACACUCUCCUGCGUCAAAGUUGAACUUCGUCAGCUAAUUCUCUCGAUUUUGGAUGAUCCGGUUGUGAGUCGGGUUUUCGGUGAAGCGGGUUUUCGGAGCUCCGAAUUAAAGCUCUCGAUUAUCCGACCCAUUCCUCACCUUCUCCGUUACUCAUCAUCCACUCGUGCUGCACAACAACAACAACAGCCUCUGUUCCUCUGCAACGUAACCGGCAAUCAUCCCCAACCGCCGGUUCGUUGGGGUUUCGGCAUACCGAACCGGAAUGUCGUCGGAGAUUCCGAUCACCGGAGGAUCAGCGCCGUUUUCACUAGGGAAAAAGGAAGGAACCCUCUGCUUGUGGGUGUAUCGGCUUAUGGUGUGUUAACCGAUUUCUUAAAAAACCGAACCGACGAGAUUCUACCGACGAAGCUCCACGGUUUAACCGUUGUUAACAUCGGUUCAGAGAUUUCCGAUCAGAUAACCGGCAAAUUCGAUAAAACCUACACCGACACGAGGUUUCGUGAUCUCGGGACGGUGGCUGAGCAAGGUUCAGGGCCUGGUUUAGUCUUGAACUAUGGAGAUCUGAGAGUUUUCACCGACGACGGCGAGGGAAACGGAUCGGCGGCGAGUUACAUCGUGAGUCGUGUAUCGGAUUUGUUGCGGAGGUGCGGGAGGAGAGUGUGGUUGAUCGGAGCGACGGCGAGCAAUGAGGUUUAUGAGAAGAUGUUGAGGAAGUUUCCGAGUGUGGAGAAAGAUUGGGAUUUGCAGUUACUCACCAUCACUUCUCUUAGGACUUGUUUGCCUCACCACAAAUCCAGUUUGAUGGGAUCGUUUAUUCCAUUUGGUGGAUUCUUCUCAACUCCUUCUGACUUGAAACUACCCUUCUCCGGUUUUAACAAGGAAAUCACCGGACCGGUUUCUUCCGUAUCCGAUCAGACCCAAUCUACCUUGCCACCUUGGUUACAGAUUACCACAAGAACCGAUUUAAACCAAAAAUCUGAUUCCAAGACCAAAGAAGGGUUGGAAUCAUUUUGUGGAAAUAAGUCGACGAGCAGUGCUUCUGCGUCUACCGGUUCAGCUAAAUCGGUCACGACUGAUCUGAAUCUGAAGAUGUGUCCGGUCACCACAGGAUUUGGUCUCAAGAAGCAUUUGAAUUUGGAUAACAAAGAUAUUCCUCAGACACGAUCUGCGAGCUCUGCUUGCUUGGAUAAUCCAAGGGAUCUCAACACAGAGAGUUUCAAGAUUAUAUACCGAACACUAACCGAAAGGGUUUCAGGGCAAGAUGAAGCUGCUAGAGUUAUAAGCUGCGCAUUGUCUCAACCGCCUAAGAGUAGCACUAGAAGAGAUGUUUGGCUUAAUUUGGUUGGUCCUGAUACAGUAGGGAAAAGGAGAUUGUCGCUUGUGCUUGCUGAGAUUGUGUAUCAAAGUGAACACAGAUUUAUGGCCGUUGAUCUUGGAGCUGCGGAGCAUGGAAUGGGCGGUUGUGGUGAUGUGAUGCGGCUGAGAGGAAAGACAAUGGUGGAUCAUAUCUUUGAAGUGAUGUGUAGGAAUCCUUUCUGUGUAGUCUUCCUUGAGAACAUUGAAAAAGCUGACGAGAAGCUGCAAAUGAGCUUGUCAAAGGCUAUUGAAACUGGAAAGUUUAUGGAUUCGCAUGGAAGAGAAGUCGGAAUUGGAAACACCAUGUUUGUUAUGACGUCAUCUUUACCAGAAGAUUCCGGAGCAAGAAUCUCCUAUUCGGAAGAGCAACUCUUGAGAGCCAAAGGCAGGCAAGUGGAGAUAUGGAUUGAAACUGUGUCAAGGUUACCAUUUGUGAGAUCGAUUUCCAGCCUGAGUUCGGUAAACAAGAGGAAGGUGAUGGGCUUGGGAGAAACUAAGGAGAAGAAUGAGAGUCUAGAGACGGUAAAACGGUUGAACAGAACAACUAAUGGAGUUCUUGAUCUAAAUCUUCCGGCACAAGAAACCGAAUCCGAGGAAACAGAUCGUAGUGAAGAGAACUCAAUUCUUUGGUUAGUGAAUUUGAAGAAACACAACCGUCUCAUUGAGGUUCCUUUCAAGCCUUUCGAUUUUGAAGGAUUAGCAGAAAGAAUAAAAAAGAGCGUAAAAGAAAAUUUCGACAAGUGCGUGAGAUCGGAUUGUUUGCUGGAAAUUGACCCUAAGAUCAUUGAACGAUUACUAGCGAGUGUUUAUUUCUCUGACAGUAGAAAAGAUAAUACCAAAGAGUUGGUGGAGAAAGUAAUGGCUCGAGUGUUCUUGCUUGUUAAAGAAAGGUAUGAAAUCACUUCUAGUUGCGUAGUAAAACUGGUUGGUCGAGAUCUUGACAUUAAUCGUGAGGAUCAAACGGACUUGUUCCUUGUAAAAUCUCAGUAGGUUAAAUGGUAGUUGUGAGAUUUAUUUGGAUAGUGUAUAAUAUAAGGUAGAGUUAGUAAUAGAUUUUUACUGUCCUUUUGUGUUGCUAUACUAUAAUAUAAUGUGUGUUAGAUCAUGAAGUUGUGAGUGGAUAUUUCUCCUUGUUUGCUAUACUAUAAUAUAAUGUGUGUUAUAUCA